UUCGAAUUGGAUCAUCGUAGCGGCUCGAUCAAGGAAGUUAUUGCUUCUACCUACCAGCAUAACACAGCACAGCGUAACGCAACACAACGCAUAAUCUCUUCAGCAAGUCCCUGUACUCUACCAUCCUCAACUUAGGUUAUAAGUAAAGGACGUUGAGCCAGUUCUCCACAUCCAAUGUCGACAUCCAGGACUCGCAUUCGCAUCCGUGCUACUCCUACUACCCACUCAAGCGACUAUUACGACGACGACGAAGACCCUAGCAGGGAAAGCACCUCGUAUGACGAAGACGAAGAAGACGACGGCUGGGAAGACGACGACUUAGCCGACUCUGACGACGAAUUAGACCCCUCAGAUUCUGCCUCUAGUCCAGCAAGACCCCGCCGGCCUGAUAGUCGCCAUCCACGCGAAUCCUAUCGACAGCAACAUACACUCGCCCAUCGACCAUCAUCUCACCACCGGGGCUCUCGCCCACCUGCAGACAGCCUGGAUCCUGAAUACUACGAAUACGGCCGUGGCGGUGGGUAUGGCCCACCAGCGGCCGGCUACUAUGGCCGCGGCGGCCAUCCACCUGGAGGUUAUCCUCAAAGUCACGCUGGCGCUGGUGGUUAUGGCUAUGAGUCCCGUGUAGUUCCUUAUGGGCCGUAUGGUGCUAAUAACCCAUUUGCACCUACCCCAACUAGCGGUAAUUAUUUCGACCCUACUGCUCCGAAUCACUGGGGCGGGCGGAAUGAAAUGAUGCCAUAUGGCGCACACGGAAGCUUUUUCCCGGCUGGCUAUCAAAUGCCCGGCCAUCUACAACAAUACCAUUGGCAGGCACCCCCACCUCCACCCACCGAAAUUGCUCCACCAAGGACACCAAAUCCUCCAGAACCUCCAAAGGAAGACCCUGAGAAGGAGGCCAUGAAGAAGCAAUUAGCUGAGAUAAAGAAGGAGAAUGAAAGGAGAGAAGCAGAAGCCAGACAAAAGGAUCUCGAGGCACGUAUUAGGGAAGAGGCUGAACAAGCGUUCACACGUAAGAUGGAACAGAUGCGGAGAGAUGAAGAAGUUCGUGCGGAAGAGCGAAAGCUUGCACUGGAAAAGGCCAAAAAAGAGAUAGAAGACGCGCGAAGAGAAGCUGAUAAGGCAGCACGUGAAGCCAUCGAGGCCGAGCGCAGAGCAGAGGCCGAGCGAGCUAAAAGAGAAGCCGAGGCUGUUGCCCGCGCUGAGAAAGAAGCACGUGAAAAGCUGGAAGCUGAGCGUAGAGCGGAGGCCGAGCGAGCAAAAAGAGAGGCGGAAGCACUCGCUCGCCUGGAACGGGAUGCUCGUGACAGAAUGGAGGCUGAGCGUAAGGCAGAGGCUGAACGUGCUAAGAGAGAGGCAGAGGCCAUUGCUCGCAUGGAACGUGAAGCACGCGACAGGUUGGAAGCGGAGCGCAAAGCUGCUGAAGAGAGACAAAAGAGAGAGGCAGAGGCGGCUGCCGCAGCUGAGGCAGCUGCUAAAGCCCGACUGGAAGCAGCUAUCAAAGCCGAAGCAGAGGCUAAGGAAGCGGCCGCCAAGAAAGCCGCAGAAGAUGCAGAAUGGAGAAAGAACCUACAAGAGGAAGCUAAACUCAAGGCAGAAAUGGAGGCUCGUAAAAAGAUUGAGGACGAGAAAAAAGCAGCUGAGGAAGCCAAGGCUGCAGAGGACGCCAAGAAGAAGGCCGAUGAGGCAUUCAAAAAGCUAGCCCUUGAGGAAGCAAAGGUAAAGGCGGAAGAGCAAAACCGGAAAUCUAUGGGCAAGGACAAGGCACCAAUACGCUUCAAAGACGCUGUUGGGAGGAAGUUCAGCUUCCCCUAUCAUAUCUGUCAAACUUGGGGGGGUAUGGAAGAUCUCAUCAAGCAAGCCUUUCUGCAUGUCGAUGUGAUUGGCCCUCAUGUGCAGGCUGGUCAUUACGAUCUAAUCGGACCCAACGGCGAGAUCAUUCUCCCACAAGUGUGGGAUAAGGUGGUAGAACCUGACUGGCAAAUCACUAUGCAAAUGUGGCCUAUGGACCGACCAGGCAUGGGCGGCCCCAUGCGUCCCGGUAUGCCUCCUGGUGCUGCCGGCCUUGCUGGUAUGGCAGGGAGAAUGCCUAUGCAAGGUGGUGGAAGACCUGGUCCUCGACCACCUGGCGGUCCGCCAAUACCACCGCCUCACCCUGGUGCCAGACCACCCCAUCAGAUGGGGGGUGGCUCAAUGCCUCCUCACGUUGUCAAUGUUAAACCUAAAAAGCCAGCCAAAGGUUCUCAAGGCGUAUUAUCAUGGAUGGUAGGCAAGCCUCCAAAGAGAAAGUAAGCGAAUCCUUGAACAGAUUUGUCUUUGAAAUGCUGGCUAAUCUUAUGCUUGAAGGGCCAAGAAAUAAAUAUUGGCUUCCAUACGCUUUGGGGAUUUGUUGGCAUGAUUUUAUCAGCUUAAGAUUUUGUUCCAUUGCAAGCAUGAUUCGUAGCGUUCACAUUCUUCUAUUCAUCUAGAGUACACGGGUCUUUUAUCAAAUUGCUUUCCUUGCCUAGCUGGUUUUGCAUUAUACCCCAGUCCGAGAGGAUUCAUUACGGACUUAUAGCGACAUUGGCGAAUAUUGGCGCUGGCAAGGCUUCUCGUUGUUAAAGAAAGAGAUGUCCUUAUUGUCACUCUGUUUGCUAAUGCGGAUCCCAAUUUUGAACAUGGGCUAGGAUGAACUGUUGGACUUGCGCUUCACCUUAAGCCCAGUGACGUGUUACUGGACGAGAUCAAGAGGGACGAUUAUAUGAAAGGCAUAUGGGAAUG